CCGACGUCACCCGCCCACGUGCCGACGUCGCCACCGGGCAGGAAGCGACGCCGUCUGGGCCGCUUCGCUCGCUCACACCUCGGGGUGGCCACCCAUCUCGAGCGGCCUCACGCCGGUGUCGUUCUCUCGGGUGGCUUACCGAUCUCGAGCGGCCUCACGCCGCUGUCGUUCUCGGGUGGCUUACCGAUCUCAGGCGGUCUCACGCGGCCUCACCGCGGCUGUCGUUCUCGGGUGGCUUACCCAUCUCAGGCGGCCUCACGCGGCCUCACCGCGGCUGUCGUUCUCGGGUGGCUUACCGAUCUCGGGCGGCCUCACGCGGCUGUCGUUCUCGGGUGGCUUACCGAUCUCAGGCGGUCUCACGCGGCCUCACCGCGGCUACCGAUCUCGGACGGCCUCGCGCGGCUCCCGGUCUCGGACGGCCUCGCGCGGCUCCCGGUCUCGAGCGGCGGAAGAUUUCUCCAAAGUUUUAUUUAAAACAAAACCUCGACUGAUUCCCCCGACCCCCCCGCCACUGUUGGCAAUAACUCGCCCGCUUCUUCCCUUCCCACCACUCGGCGUGAAGCCGGGAGAGACUUGAGCCAUGGCUGGCGAGUACACCAUGCUGGGCAUGGCGGUCUUGGCCCUGCUUCUUGCCGGUUACCUUGGACAGCAGUACCUGCCCCCACCAAAGCCUCGAAUAGUUGGUAUCGACCUGGGCACCACGUACUGCUCAAUCGGGGUGUACCAUGCUGGAGUGGGGGAGGUGGAGGUACUGGCCGACGCGGACGGGCGACGUGCCUUCCCCAGCGUCGUGGCCGCGGGCUCCGACGGCCGUGUCCUUGCCGGCUUUCCCGCGCUGCAGCAGGCGGCCGACAACCCGCACGCUACACUCUACGACGCCAAGCGCUUCAUCGGGCGUGCUUUCUCACCUGGCGAGCUGGAGCGUGAGGCCGGGCGCUACCAGUUCACGGUGCGGCAGGUGUCCGGGGAGGUGGUGUUCGUGCUGCGGGGACACGGGGGUGCGGAGCAGACCGUCACCCCGGAGUGGGUGGGCGCGCAGAUGUUGGAUCAGCUGCGUCUCCUGGCCGAGGAGCGACUGGGCCUGCCUGUGCGGUACGCCGUGCUCGCUGUGCCCGCAGAGUUUGACGAACGACAGCGCAACAGCACCAUCAAGGCGGCAACCAUGGCUGGCCUGGAGGUGCUGCGCGUGGUGAACGAGCCGACGGCUGCCGCGCUGGCGUACGGCCUGCACGAGGAGGAGAGCGUCAGCUCCGUGCUGGUUGUCGACCUCGGCGGUGGCACCACGGACGUGUCGCUGCUCACCAAGCAGGGUGGCAUGUUCUUCACACGCGCUAUGGCGGGUAACAAUCACCUGGGCGGGCAAGACUUCACACAGCGGCUGGUGGAGCACCUGACAGGGCGGCUGGCUGACCGGCACGGUGGUGGCCGACCCUGGGGCCGUGCCGACACGCAGCUCCUACGCGAGGCGGCCGAGAUGGCCAAGCUGGAGCUGACGCACAACGACAGGGCACGCGUGUCGCUCCGCCUUUCGCUGGUGUUCAUGCCCGACAAUGGUACACAUAACACUGUGGAGAUGGAUGAGACGGUGACGCGCCAGGAGUUCGAAUCGCUGAAUGAAGAUCUCUUCCAGAAGGUUAUGGAGCCCAUUGUGGAGGUGCUGAGGUCCGGAAGGCUCGUCGCAAAGCAGGUCGACCGCGUUGUGCUGGUGGGCGGCUCGACGCGCAUCCCGCGUGUUCGCCGCAUGCUGGCGGACUACUUCGGCUCGGAGCCCGACACGAGCGUGGACCCCGAGCUGGCCGUGGUGACAGGUGUGGCCGUGCAGGCCGGUGUGUUGGCAGGGGCAUGGCCUUUGAGGGUGGGAGCCCUGGAUAUUCCCAAUAAGCGCUUGCGCAAGGUGACGGUGACAUGACCAAGCGAUAGGCUUGGCAUAUCCUUAUCACCGUGCUGGUGAUGGCAGUUCUACAGACAGGAGGGAACUAAGGGGCUCUAAUUAAUAACAUUGCCCUCGUGUUCACUAUUUAAAAUAUCUUUGAGUGGCAGGGGAGGUUCUUAAAUUUAAGGCAGUGAAUCACGAGGGCGAAUUAGUCAAUUUUCUCUGGCAAUCCUAACUGGCAACGCAAUUAUGAGCAACUAUAGCAAAUUGGUACGGCAGUGACAGUGAUGGGAGAUUGUGUAGUCAAUAAAAAGUCUUGAAAACUAUGGUUCAUGUGCAAUGAUUGGUAUACAAAGUGCACCUAACCUUUGAUGGUCAUGUAAACUGCCUUUGAUUGAUCGGAAAGUGUCAUCCCAGUUUCCCACUCGGGGGAGCAAUGGUCAAAUUGUUGAGAUUUGGGCAAAUCCUAUUGCCAGUGAAAAUUGACAAAAAAAAAUCAUUGUAUUAUGGCCAUUAAAUUAAUUUGAGCACUCCCCUUGGCACCAUCAACCGUUUGCUGUUUAUAGAAUUGGCAUUUCAGGAAACUUGAAAAAAUCAAACAAUGACAGAUGUGUUUAUAAGAAUUGUCAUAUCUACCCAGUGUCAUUGUCAAAACAGUAUGAUUUUUGUAAAACCCCUUUACAGCCAUUUGCAUCUCAGGAUCUGGUGCGCCGGUUCCAUUACUUCACGUGACCAAUUGUGAUUUUGGUUGCAAGGGUACACACGAUAUGUGUUAUCUAGUGGCAAAAUAUGGAAACAGACCACAAUGCUGCUGCAUUGAAUCCAUCACUUUUCCAUCUCCACUCUCACUGCAAGGUAACACAUUUGACAUACGCAUGGCUCUAAAAAGGUUAAUACAAUUACAACGCAACAAUACUUGCACAGUAUAUACUGCAGUUAUGGGUUCUCCACAGCCAAGUGUUUUCAUGGGAUGAGUGCGUACCAGCAGUAUAAUACACAACGUGCAAUCUUACCAUUGUGGAGCUGUCCCUGGGCUACUAUGUAGGAGAUGGACGUCUCGAUCACAUUCGCACAUAUACACUGAAAUGUAAGUUUUAGUGAGCAAUGUGAUCCUUUAAAGAUGGAAUAAAUUAGUGAGGCCAUGUGUGCUGUUCAAUAAACAAGUGCGUACAGUAAUUUGAAAUGAACGGCAUUAAAUGGCCACUGUUGGUCUAUGGUCCAUAUUGUUUGUGUUUUGUUACGUGAAGAUAAGUUUUCUGGAAGUGCAUAUUUAUAACCUUUAAGUUAAUUUACGAUUAUUAUCAUAUUUGAAUGUGAUCAAAAACAGUUGUUUUUGUCUUAUGGAAAUACGUUAAUUUAAAACUUGGUGGCCAUAUUGUAAAAAAUAACUAGGCACUGAUUUGAAAAUUAUCGAAGUGUAUGAAUAUCGUAUUUAUGAUAUUUUUGUACAAUAACUGGAACAUUCCAUUAAAGCUAUUCAGAUGUAUCAUA